UUUGGUGAUAUCGAUUCGGUAAGAUUUUAUCGAAAAUAGUCAAAAAUAGCAACUCGCGCUGAGGUUGUUAAGUGACAGUAAACACAACAAAAAAGAGUUGCGGUCUAACUGCAUUGUAGUUUUUGUUUGUGUUGCUCAUUUUGUUGUGUUAUUGAAGGAAAUAUGUAACUAUUUAAUUAUUUAAUGACUACAUAAAACAGCCACGUUGUAUGUACGUACAAUUUAGUGAAUUUUUUCCUUUAAGUACCUUUAAACAAGCUAUUAAAAGACUAGUUAGUGAUUGUCUCAGUGAGUUUUUAAGUUGUGAAUGUUUUAUCUUAAGAAUGUGAUAGGGAUUGCUGGCCGAUUUUUCUUAAAGUUGUGUUUUUCUGAUGAUGGGGAGACUUAGUAAAAGUACACCGUCCAUUAGAGUGAAUUACAGGAAAUUAGUGGACGAAUAUAGCAGCAGUUGUGACAGUUUGAGGAUAAUGCCUGUCUUGGACUUCUUUUCUUAUUCGUGUAGACAUUGUGGACAUCGACAAACGUUAAAGGCUGAAGAACUGAACUCAAUAGUCGGCAAUGCUUUCAAGAUGGCUUACGCCGCCCAGUUGCAAAAACAGACGAGUUUUCAAGAUGUAAUUGCCUCCCAAUUGGACCAAAACCAACAGGAGAAGGUUCUGUGGACGAAGGAGUUUAGUCCCUCUCUGAAACGUGAAAAACCAACCGCCCCUCCUCAAGUGUCUCAUAAACAAAACCAUCCUGUCGAAAUGGACGUCGAAGUUGCUACCCAAGACGCCUCGACGUUACGGCUGCCUCCGCCAUCAUCAAUACCGGGCCUCAAAGCCGUUCACCACAACAAGUUCAACCUCAACUCGCCCAACAUAGAGAAAAAUAACCAUUCUCAGAUGUCCACGCCCAGCAGUGACGAGAGCAAUUCGCCAACUGAGAUGAAUUCGUACAAGAGGAUGGCGGAGAAACCUCCCUUGAUCAAGAGGAUAGCUAUGGGUUUGACAGGGAACAGUAUUCAUCAUAGCGACGAAGAUAGCUGUCCGUUGGUUAACGAUAAUGCUCCUAGUACACCAGGGAGUCCCACAAAUCGACCACUUUCCGGCGGCUACGUGAACGAAACCGAAGAAUCAAAAAACAGAUCAAACACCACCGUAGAUAACCUAAAAAACGAAAUAGAAAACAACUCAAAUUUAUCAAAACGCAUAGAACUCGAGACCACGACAAAAACCGAUAGAGAAUUCAAAUGCAAGAGGAUAUCACAGCUAAGUUCCAGUAGUUCAAGUUCCGGACCGACAGGCGGCCAAGAUAACAACCUCAUAGGAUUUACACCUACUCCACCACCACUGCCCGAGCGGACCGACUCGCUCAACAAUAAAGAAGAGGGAGAGCUGAGGCUGGCGCCGUGGUUCCAGGCUGGUAUUCCCAGGGAAAUAGCCUUGGAGAUACUGGCGCAGGAACCAGUGGGGGCUUUUAUGGUUAGAGAGAGUACCAGUAAACCAGGAUGUUUCGCUUUGUCCUUGAGGGUGCCUAGGAGUUUUCAGCCGACUGGAAUUGCGCAUUAUUUAAUUAUUAGGGCGAAUAAAGGCUACAAAAUAAAGGGCUUUACAAAAGAAUUCACUUCACUGACAUCUCUCAUCACGCACCACUCGGUGAUGCCGGAACUCCUCCCUUGUCCUCUAUCGCUGAGCCGCUACCACCCGAGCUUCGUCAAAACCGAUUCGAAGAGGGAUUUCGCCGACAUAGACCUUGAUCCAGAUUACAACACCCUGGCCGAUUUUAGGAAAAUGAUGGCUGAUUUGAAUGUGUAGUUUUUGUGGGAUUCUGUAGGUGGAAUUGAGAGACUUUUAUAAAAAUUAUGUACCAGGUUGUGAAUGGUUUGAAAAAGAAAAAAUAUGUUUUAUUUUUAAAUUA